AUGGAAUUUGGUUACCCCCGAGUGUCAGAUGUGGUCAGCUCGAGGUCUCCCUACGUGGCAAAAGUGGAGGCUUGGCUGCGAUUCGUUGGCCUUCCCUACAACAGAAAGAACGGAGCCCCUUCUGAUUCGCCCAAGGGCCAGCUGCCAACGAUCCAGCAUGGCAGCAACACAGUGUCGGACAGCUUCUUCAUAAUCAAGUACCUGGAGCGCACCUACCCAGAAGUUGUGCAGCAGCUGGGCCCAGAGCAGCUGGCGCUAUCUGUGGCUGUGGAGCAUCUAGUGGACGACUUUCUCAACUGGGGCUUGGCCCACUACCGCUGGAUGCACCCCAAGGGGUGGGAAGGUUGCCAGAGGUGCUUUUUGAGCGACGUGCCUCAGCCGCUGCGCAGCUUCCUGCUGAGUCACAACAAACGCCCCAACUUGCAGAAGGCCCUGGUCUGUCAGGGGCUGGGGCGGCAUUCGGAGAGGGACAAGCUGGUCAUGCUGGAUGAGGCUCUGGCGGCUCUGUCGGCCAUCCUGGGCGACAAGAGAUAUAUUCUGGGUAACCAGCCCUGCGUGGCCGAUGCUUGCGCGUUCGGCUUCCUCGACAACGUGCUUUUCGACACAGAGUGCGUGGGGCGAGAGCUGCGCGAAGCAGCGGAGCAGUACUCAAACCUGGUCACCUACACUGAGCGCAUCAGGAGCACCUACUUUGAGGGCGAGCUCACCUGGGAGGAGACGCCCUCUACCUGACGUGACCCCGUCCUGUUCUGGCGCCUCUACCACUUUGGAGCGCUUGAUUUGGCGGGCGUUGCAUCUGGCGGGCGUUCCCUCUUUUGACGCUUGAUUUGGCAACAUCCUGCGUCGGUCUAUUUUGGCGUUGGGGUCUCUUUCUCAGAAUUUGGCGUCGGCGUCUGAUUCUGGCACUGUCCUGUUUUGGCGUCGGCCCAAUUUGGCGUCAACCUGAUGUGGCGACGGCCUUAUUUCGCGCGACGCCUGAUCUAGCAGCUUCAAAAUUUGCCAUGGGGGGCUUUGAUUUUCUAUAUGUGGAGAUUUGCACAGCUCAGAUUCUUACCCGGAUCAUCAAGACGGGGCCUGCGCAAUUUGGUGACAGCUUUACUUGGCAGUCUUUUGGCACGAGGAGAAGCAAUUCUCGAGCAUCCUGCUCGAGGAAAAUUAAGUGGCUGUUGCAUUUUGUGGUGCACCGCGUAAAUCCGAAGAAGAACUAAUGCAGGGCCUGGCAGCACCUUGAAAUUUGUUGUACGGAUCAUGAUGAAGGGAGCACUUUGGGGAUUUCAGGUCAGAUGGGAUUAUUACUUGGGAAGCGAACGUGGGCAUUUGCCCCAGUGCUGUUGAUUAUUCGAUACCAAGUGCAGUCAAGACUGGAAGGUUCUGAGAGCGUUCAAACGUUAAUCUGACAGGUGAAUGCUUGGACCAGCCAAU